AUGAAAAGAAAGGCCCAUUCCUUUGCAGAUAUCACAGAAGCCUCAACAAGCCAGAAUAAGAAAUCUAAUGUGUGUAUUCCCCAUGUAUUUCCUCAAGGUUUAGAGGCAAUUUUGUCAAAAUAUACAGAUGGACAAAUUGUCCUUCUGCAGAAAAACAAACUAAACAAUUGUUUGAGACAGAAGCUAGUGAAAGUUGUAAUUACAGAACUUUUUCCUGUAUAUGGGCUAGAGAUAAGGGCUGAGGUUUUUACCAAAUUGGCUAAGGAAAUUGAAGAGUUGUUUCCAAAUGAAAAUGCAGCAACAUAUUACCUCCCUUAUACAACGUGCAAAGAUAAAGAUAAAGGAAGGAAAUCAAUUGGGCCAAGAGGAAAACUAUAUACAAAAUAUGUGAAUUGCAAAACUCAAUUAAGACUUGCUAAUGCACAGAAAAACACUCAGAAAGCCCCUAAUAAGAAAGUUGAGAGUCCAAAAUCAGUAUCAGCGAAAACAAGUUUAGAAUUUCUCAAGGUAGCUAUAGAGCCCUAUCCCAAGAUUUUGGAAGCAUGGGAAGAUAGUCUUAGCUUAAGAAAAAAAGUCUACUGCAAUGUGUCCUUAGAUGUUAUUUAUAAGGAUUUACCUUGCCUCAAACAAAAUUUUGGAAUUGAACUGAUUGAAACAGACUUUAACAGAAAAUAUCCUGAUAGCACGGAUAUAAUAUACACAACAUGGCCAAAGGUGGCUAAAGCCAUACUAAAAGAAGCUCAAGAAAGGAAAAUUAAGUUGCCAGAAAGUACAGAUGAUAAUACUCAGGCAAUACUAAUUCUACCAUAUCUAUUCCAACCAACCACCAUUAAAAAAUCCAGAAAAGGAUGCAAUUGGAGACCCAGCAGAAGCGAGAUUCAAGAAAGUUUUUUCAUUCAUGUAGCGAACGUUUCUGAAAUUGAUGAAAAGGCAGCCACCAGGAGGGCUAAAUUAGCAGAGUAUGGCCUGACUUUGCAACCAUAUGCGUGUGUAAUAGGAGAUCUAGAUAAUCUAACCUUUGCCGUGGUGAUCGAGGACAACAAAUACUUUUUGCAAAGUUGUGUAAGAACAAUUGAACUCUUAUUUAAAUGUUUUUACGCGCUAGAUGUGGAGUUUCCUAUCGAAAGUGACCAAAUUUGGCAGUUUAUAAGUGAGGAAAUUUUUAAAAUUAAAUUGCAGUUUAGAUCACCCACUGUCGAUUCAAUGAUUAGCGAUUUAGCCUUUCAUUUAGGCAACGAAUUAGAUUGA